AUGUCAGACUUUUUAAGCGAAUGCGAAAUAGUCGACUUGACGGAGGAGCUUAAAAAAGAAAUCGAAGAGUCUGGCGUAUCAAAUAUUGAAGAGUUCUUCCGAAAGAGUCUGGAGAAUUGGCGGGGCGCCGAAGUGAACAUCGCCAUCACUGGUGAAUCGGGAUGUGGAAAAUCAAGCUUUAUCAACGCCAUGCGAGAGUAAGUGCACUUAACCAAAUCUAUCGGACCUCUUAAGUCAGCCUUUUGUAUGUAUCGGCACCGAUGAAUCUUUUCAUACUGUGUUCCGUUUUAAAAGGUCUUAAACUUUUGUUAGUCAUAGCCAUGCACUUAACAAAUAAGAUUUAGGGACUCGCUCUGGAAGUAUGUUUGGUUUGACUCAAGAGAACCGAUAGACCAACUUUUCAAAUAGAUGAGAGUUGUUUCUCUCCAAAAUUCAGCACAGCAAAGUACCAGUUUCCAUCAUAAGCGUUUUCCGGGUUGACCCUGUUUAUUGGUUUCACUAUCUCUUUCAAGCCGGAACCGAACAAAACCGAAAGUGUUGCUAAGGAAGUUUCAUCACAGGCGAAAAAAGUGAGCUCGCAGAUGUUUUCAUAGAGGAUUCGACAGCGGCACUUUAUAGCAGAGUUUUAGCAAAUUUGGCCACAUUCGUCAGUUCUUAGCAUGUCUUUGUUGUGAGUUUAAGGUUCAUCUAAUGUCCAUGUGGUAAACAAGUGAAUGUAAGCUUCCGAAGCAGGUGGAACAAUGUUGGUUCGAUUCGAUUUGUGCUACCCUGCGACGAAACUAAACUACGGUUUGAACAUAAACUCACGGAGGUAAAAAAUUACAUCUGCGACGACGGUCUAACGCAGAAAGAAGGACUUUUAGACCUCGGUUGUUGCCUAGUAUCACCCAACCAAAACAUGCUAAUAAUAAUCGUUUCUUUCCUUCAGCCCAUAAGUCGCCUCUGAGAAGGUAGUCUCUCAGGUUGACUCAGUAACUAGCGGCAAAUAGCUGCUAGUUGCUCUAGUCUCUUCUUACAGUUCUCUUUUCGCGAACAAGGGAAAGAAGACUGCUUUCUUAGAGGCUGGUCUCCAAAUAGACAUAUGCCCCAUUUACACCAACUAAACAUGUUUAAUUAAGCUAGGUUUAAAGAAAUGGAAAUCAGUAGCAGAAAGCUACAACACAGUCUUUUACACAGAAUUCAAAUCAACUUACAACGGAAUCCAUCAGGACUAACAACGGGGAAAUUUUAAUUUUCAGAGGACAAAAACCCUUUUACCAGAACAUUUUGAUCCAUAUAGCAUUUUUUUUAACACUUUUCAAGGGCUAUAGAUAUAACUAGGGUAUCUAAAAGAUAGUAAUGCUGCGGCACAUUCUGUUGAUACUGGCAUUAGUUAGGCAGUGGGACUUAAAAGAAUCGAAAAUGACAUUGAAUGUCCUAUUAACAUGUUGGAAAGUACUAGAAUAAUUACUAUCAGUCUAUAGAAAGAACUUGUGGGAACGUUGUUUAGAAAAUGAUCAAGUAGUUAUCAACUCUGGUUUUCCCACAGUAAAUUGUAGGAAAUGAUAGAAAUUCAGAUUGUUUAUCCAUAUACCUUAAAAUUCCGACAAUAAGCCCCGGGGCUUAUAUUUUUCAAAGGCCCUUUUUGAGGGGCUUAUUUUUGGAGGGGCUUAUAUUCGGAGGGGCUUAUCUAAGGAGGGAAAUUUGCGUUUCAAAAUCGAUAGGGCUAGCCUUACAGUUGGAAGUAAAUUUAUUGUUUUUCCUUUGUUUUACUUUGUAUUUGAGGGCAAUUUUCCAAGUACAAGCCCCCGGGGGGCUUAUAUUUGGAGGGGCGAUUUAACGGUGGGUUUUUUGCGUUACCGGUUUGGGGGGCUUAUAUUUGGAGGGGCUUAUUUUCGGAAUUUUACGGUAUUUAAUAUACGGUGUACUAUCUUUUCUCUGGAAACACGAUACUUUUCUUGCUGUUUAUUGCACUUUAUUAAGUAACAGUUAUUUAGCUAUACAUUUAUAGAAAACGACAACACAAAAAACGAAAAAAAAAAAAAAAAAAAAAAGAAAAAAGAAAGAAGGGAAAGAGAACUUGUUAGGACCCGAACCCGGCACCAUCGGCUCGUUGCGACUACACCUAACCACUACACCACAGAGACUGCCUGCGUAUUAUCGGGAAAAGUCUUUAAUUUAAUGCAUUUUCCAUGAAACUUCCGCCGGCAAGAUGAUCGCCAGCCGCAUUAAUCGAGCUAUUAACAGCAAAACAAUGUAAACGCAUAUUCCAUGGCAAUGAAUGAAAGAAAGAACAUAAUUAUACCUUUCAAAACGCCGAUACACGUCCUCGUCUGCAACGUAGGAGACAAAACAUAUGUUUUGUUAUCUCGAUUUCCGCUGUUAUUUUGAAGCGAAUGGUCAAAAUCACAUCCAUUUUCGGCUCAUACAGGUUCUUAAGAAUAGCAUGGCAUGACAUUUUCUCACUUUCACAUCACCUUCUAGCAAGCUGAAAUUUGUAUAUCCCCCGUGUUGGGGAGUCGAAGAGCAAAUGCUCAUCUCGUCAGGUUUAACACCUGGACGAGUCAAAGGCUCUUGAAUUGAAAUCCAAUCCCAAGCUUAACCAUCGAACUCAUCUGAAAGACUCCUGCGUGUCUUAAAUUUGGUAAGACCUCUAACCGUGCUGUAGAAAAUUUGCUACAAAGAUAACUCUGAGUCAGGGCAGCGAACGAUGCGAUUAUUUGAGUUGUUCGUGGCGCAAUGCACUCUGGUUAAAUGCAAUGCAUUGUGUUAAAAAGUGUGGUUAAAUGCAAUGCAUUGUGGUAAAAAGUGAUGAAUUCGAGAAUUCGUCGCCCCUUUGUAUAUUUCCUUUAAAUCCUGAUUAUGUUGCUGCUCGCUCCCUACCGUGUCGCUCCGCAGCAAUUAUUAGUAAAGGACUGUGUCCCGAUUAUGCGCACGCGCGAGCGUCAUCUGUUAUUCUCUCAGUUCAUGGGACAAUAGAACUGUCAUAUUGACUCGACAAGAUUUCCUUCCGGACUGCACCGCCGACGGAGAUUUGUUGUUUAGAUUCGUGAUAUUUUAGGCUUUCGAAGAAGUCUUUCGUGUUAUUUAAAAUUUGGCUCGCGGCACGAAGACUCAUCGCGAUUUUAUCGCUAGCAGGGCCGCCUCGCGACCCGAAAAUCUCGUUCAGCUCGCUUUAAAAACAGCUUCUCGUGUCAGAGGUCAGUUGUUCCAAGUCCAGUAAUAGGGAACUUAAGAACCACGACGACGAGAGGAAGUGAGUUACAGUGUACUGCGCAAGCGCAACCGGUAAAUUUCGUCGUCGUGGUGUCGUCAACGACGCCAAACAAAGUAGAAUCACGUCGUCCUGCAAUCCACAAGCUUGGGCAAGUAUAAAUCCAGGAUUUCAAGCGAUUUUUGAAGUACUUGGCAUUUUCUUAUCCUCGUAAAUCCAGGUAUCGUUCCUUUUUUCUCCUAACAAGCGAUGUUGAUUGAAAAUUCGACUAAUGAGUUGUUUUUACUUCGAAGAAUGACAACAGCUGUGGAGAUCGAGCGAGCGAACUCGUAAGUGAUAAAUUUAUUUGUACGUAUUUAGGUAAGGCAAAUCAUAUACUGUAUCUUUAAUAUAGAGGAAACAAACUUUAUAUGGAAAACAGCUAUCACAUCAGAAUGCCUCUUUUUCCAAAUAUAAACUCUGACAGACACUCGGACUCGGUUAUCUCAUUCAGGUUGAAAGUUGAAUUAUCCUCGUACGGAAAGCAGGUGUUUUUCCACUCGAAAAGGUCAGGCAACACAAAAAAUUCUUCAUCGUCAAUGAAAUUAGACCUACGGCUUAAAAAAUAAGAUCUUGCAUUGUUUUAAAAGACGCCAUUGAGAAAAACUUUGAUGCCAACGAACAUCACAGUUUUACAUUUGUGUUUACAUUCAGUGUCGUCGUCGUCGACCUACCGACCGACUGCAUCUUAAGUUUCCUUUUUCCCGCCGAAACUGACGUUCUCGUUCCGGUCUUUUCCCAGUCAACAAGACAUCGUCGUCGUGAAAUUCGUCGUGGUUCUUACGUUUCCUAAUAUUUGCCUGAUUUGCUCGCCCUCUAGCCUCAAACGUUUGAAAGAUAUAAAUAAAUGCAAUCUCAACGCUAUGAAUCAUCGCAAAGGUUAGUAAAAAAUUAUCAUAUUAUGAUUUCAUUGCACUAGUUUUUGGAAACAUGUGGCGUCUGUUUGUUUGAUUUGUCGGCCGUAGGGAGGCUCAUUUAAAAGUUUACUAGCGCAUCGUUGCAAAACAUUCUGCUUCACAAAGCUUAAUUCCACAAAAUCUCCUCUCUGGCAUGAGCCACAUCAACGUUUCAAUGGUUUCUUUCUUACAGUCUUUAUUGUUGCUGUUUCAUUUCUGCGUGUUCCUUUCACAAUUAUCUGAGCUUGUAUGGAAGCCCUGGCAGAAGUAAUAAGCCUUCAAUCGGCAUCAAAGUGCUUCCCAUCUUUUGGUUCUCCGGCCAACGGCAAUAAAAGUAACGCCAAAAACUCCCGACUUCGCCGAAAUCGAAACUUAACGCGAAAAAUAUAUCAUUGGUCUGAAAUCCUGAGAAAUUUUAGUGUAGUAUUGAACUCGGCCAACCGCGAUGCAAACGGAUUUUUCAAGAUUCUCUUACUCUCCUCGCAUCUUUUGAUUUCGCGACAUCAUGUCAAUCUCGACCCAGAGCUCUUCUGCGCAUGUAGAGAAGAGAGAUCAGGACCUCUGGGAAACCCUGGUGCAAGAUUGUCUCUGAUUGGUUUCAGCAAAAAACAAUAAAAGCGUUUCUGAUAGGUCCAUUCAAGUUUGCACGAGAGCGGUUGAACGUGCGGCGUGUCUGGCGUGUGAGCGGGUUUUUCCCUAGAAAUGUUAAAGUCAACACAAGGAUUCUUAGUUUCAGCGAUUCCAAAACAACAUUUGCAGGACUAAUGAGGCAGAAUUACUGGAUUUUCCCAUUUUCGAAUAAAAUAGCUUAGAUAGCUACAUAUUGAAAAUUGAACCAGAAAAGGAUUUGAAUGUGAAAAAAAUUAAAUAAAAAUACACCGACAUCUUUGCCAGCUAUAAUUUAAGAAGCAUGACACACUACUGAUUUUUCUUUGACUUCCAAGUUUAACGUAUCUCUUAGUCACACGAAGUAGCCCAGUAUGAAUGAAAACUUGAGCAUCUUGUCGUAAAUUGCCCAAGAAAAAAAACAUAAAAAGUAAAUCGUUCCCUAAAGUGAAGCGUGUACAAUGCGACUAGAUAUUUAUAGUUGUCUUCUUUUCCUACGAUAUCGCAUUUCAAAGCAGCUUCCAUAUUCAUGAACAAACAUAAAUAAAAGGACGCUAAAUUCAUAUUUUGGAAAGUUUUAUUGGAAUUUUGAUACGUUUAUCUCGACAAGCCAUUCGGGUCUCACUUAUCGCCUCGUGAAUUAGUCCACAGAAAUAUUUAAUCAACUGUCAAGCAUACGCAAACUUCAAGUCUCAAAUCUGUGAUUGGGAACGUUUAACGAUAUUUUCUCAGCAGCUACCACAGAGAGCCUUGGAUACCUGAAAAUUCUUCAAGGCCGUAAGCUGAAUUUCUUCAGUUCUAAUACCGAAGCAGCACAAGGCUUUCGCGAUGAAGUAGAUAUAAAAGAAGCAAAAAAUUUUGGUUGGAUUAAAGAGCAUGCGCUGUGAGGCCCAAAUAGCCAGAUUUUGGCUACUCCGGCGCAGAGUUUCCCAGAGCUUACGCGCGCAUUCCCAAACUCGUAAGCACUGGGUUCGAGAAUGGACAUCCUGUCCGAAAUUCAAAGUUUGGUGCAUGCGCAGUAACGGGAUUCUGUUCCUGCAAUAACACCAAAGACAAUUUCAAAGGAAUUGAGAAAACACAGGUAAAAUCGUCAUGCGUAAGUUUUCAUUUUGUGAAAUUUGAAGCUUUUGAAGUUUGCUUUCUCGGGCUCCCAUAAGAACCUUUUCUUUCGCGUAAUUUCACUGUCGGUUUUCACAUGACGUCACCAAAAUUCAACCUAAAAAACUAUCGAUCCUACCGGGAUUUUACUUUCACGAUGCAUUAGAACAGCUGAAAACUAACUUUCAUACAAAUUUUCGCUUCAAAAGGGUUCUUGGUUUUGUAAUAGAUGUACGCUUGAAUUUCUAAGCUUUUGCGUGAACGGGCAUUUACAUGACGGCUAAGAGAGGUGUCAUGUAUGUUAAAAAAAUGACUUAUUUGAGGAAAUUUUGCUAUCUAAACAGUUCAUGUAUUAGAAAAAGUAUUACUUUAAUGUUUAUGAGUUUCUCGAAGAAUAAAUUCACGCUUUUGUAGCAAAACUCGGUAACAGAUGUUUCUGUUGGUUUCCGUCCGCCAUGUUGGAGCUCAUCCAGGUGAGCACCAGCAUGGCGUCUCCAUACAAAUCUCUAUAGGUUUGGGUAAAACGUUUCUUUGGAUAUCUCGUGUACGAAAUAUGCCUCUGACCUGAAUCUAGGCGAGGGUCUUUGUAUAUGUACCUCCUUUCAUUUCCCAGAUUCUGGACUUUAUCUAUUGAACGGGUUUGAUUUUUAUUUUGAUCUAUUUUGAAUGUCGUGACACUGAAAACCAGCAAUAACUUAUUACAUUUAUAUCCCUCAAAAAGUGUAACAAAAAGGAUGCAAUAUGCUUUAAAUUAUUCUGGUGCAAGGUUUUUGUCCACUGAAAAAUUACUUAAUUAAAAUUACUCAAUUUCGCAAUGGAUUCCGUUUUAAACACUUAUUAGGUAAUUGCAAUAAAUUUGCAUUAGAUAAAAGUACAGUAAGCAUCCUCAAUAAAGAAAACAAAUUUAAACCUUGUUUAACUGAACAGCUUUUAAACAUGUUUGACCCUUUGCGUCGGUUAAUUUUUAGGGAAAAUUGGACCAAAUCCUUCUUUUUGAAACGUUUUUCUGCCAGAUAGCAUGGGAAUGGCUAGAAAAGAUUAAGGACACAAUUUCCUGAUAAUUGGAUGUAAAUAAGCAGCUUUUUUGUUUUCUACGCAAGCGUAUACUGUAUUUGUGCGGUUAGCUUGCGACGAAACUAAACUCUGGUUUGAACAUUAGCUCACCGAGGUAAAAAAUUACGUCUGCGACGACGGUCGCUUAUUAAAUUUUCACCAUUUUCAGCAAGUGUAGUAUCAUGUUUGUUUUGCAAAAAAACAAUAAAUGGUAAUAACAAAAUGUGAAGAUGUAACAAAGCAAGAUUUCUGUAAUAUACCCUGAAGAAAACUCCGUCUUCGGGGAAGUCUCUUAUUAGUCCUUAUUCAAUUUCAAUUUCAAUGUCAUUGUCACUCAAGUCAAUAAGUGAAUUCUCUGGUGCUGCCUCCUCGAUGUCCGUAACCUAGGGUGGGAGGGGGAGGGGGUGGUCGCUUAUUCGAGGUUGGGUGUUUAUUGAUUUUUUCUUCCUUCAGGAUGGGCGCUAAUUCUAGGUUGGGCGCCUAUUUGAACAAAUACGGGAAGCCAAAAUUUGAACUUGGCGAAUCUAUGUCGAUUAUUUUUUUCUCGAUCUCUUCUUUUUCUCUUUGACUUUCUUUUCAUAGCCAUUUCUGUUGGGCACUUUAUCGCCUUUCCUUCGGUUGAAAUUUUUAUUGGCUUUCUUUCCAGCAAAGAAAAAAAUUUAAUCAGUAAAGAGUAGUAGGUAAAUAGCAAAAUUGGCAGGGUUCUAUCUAGGAUUUAUCGUUUGGGGACGAUGUCCCGCCGAAGGCCACGAGCUUCCAAGGGGGAUCCGUUGGCAUGCCCCCCGGAUAUUUUUUGAAAUGAAUAUGCGCUGAGAUGAAAUCUGGUGCAUUUUGAGACACGAUUGUGUCCUUAGAUAGGGAAUACAUGUGCACAGACCUCGUCGCCUUUGGAUGAUUUUUUCCGAUAUAGUUACUUACAUACUGUAAUGAUAACGUUAUUUUUGGGUGGGGGAGCUUCUACCCCUCUAAUACCCUAGAUAGGACCCUUAUUGGCAGUGGAUUUUUCCCCAAGUGUUGCUUGUUUUUUGGUUGUAACUCUGUCAGGAUUAGACAAAAUGUGCUAAAUGAGGUACCAGUGGAAAGUUCUAUCCUCACUGAUUGGGCUAAUUACCUUCUUAAUAGCUUAAAUGGAAAGCUUAAUCGGUCCAGGGAGAAUAAUAUGCAUGGGUCCAUAUGAUCCAAAACGACCAAAGUGGACCUCAAAGAGUUAAGCUUUGGUGCAGCGAAUUUAUGACCACAUUGAGACAACAACUCAAACGCGGUGAAUUCUAACAAUGAAAACGGCUGUUGUUUUACUGACAAAGUAGACAAGGUUGACAUAAAACUAGAAAGGAAAAUACGAUGAAAAUUCUUAAUUAUAUGCGACGAGAAAUGCACUAGGCAAACAAAUAUACGAAUACAAACGUAACUAGAAAAUACAAAGGGCGAAAUAAUAAACCAAAUGAAAUAAAAAACGAAAAGAAAGACUAAUAGCUUGUGAGCCUAUUAUAGAUACCAUCCUUAAAAAAAACAAAAUUCAUCGCCAAACAAGCGAACGAAACAAUUGUGACCGCAGAGCUAACGAUCAUGCACAGGGAGGAUAAAGGUUGGGCGAUGAAACGAGCGCGUCCGAGCAAAAAGAUGUUAUGCAGUGGACUGGGAUUAAAUUAUGGAUCAAAGAGACGGCACGACGGCUUUCGGCUUAUGAGUUUAAAGGGUUUCGUUAAUCGUUUGUCUCACGAUUGUCACAUAGAUUGUGAUCGCGACGUUUCCACGGCGCACUGCAGGCCUUCAUCAGUUUUCCAACUCAUAACAACAACUUCUGCGAGUUCCUCUCAAGAUCAUGAUGCCUUGUGAAAAUACAUCAAAGAUUUCCAAAGUUCGCAAGACUUAUCAAAACGUGACAGCCUUUUACUAAACCUACCAACAAGCUUCUCGGAUUUCGCCAGCAAAACGUGCACUUUGUAACUAAAAUCCAAACCAUCCUUCUGGAAUUCUUACGAACAUUUCGUAAGCUAGCCAAUUAUGUGGGCUUGAAAAAUCGUGGGUCUUUGUUCCGACUGAUUGUCAAGAACGAAUAAAUGUACAAAUAUUGCACUGUCUUUUCUCUCUCAAACCAUGCAAAAAAAACUAGACGAAUGUGGCGUGUUUGUAACCAACCAAUAAAAGCGUUUGCUUUUCUAUGCCGCCCAUUAAGAGAGCUUGGCACUUAAUCACAACCCAAACUUCUUCGUCAAACUUUGUUUCUUGGAUAGUAUUAAGCUGUUCGUAUAUGGAGAUAAUAUGAAUGUACGUGAAAAGUUUAGAGAAUGAGUGGCCCCUCGUUUGGACCGUUUAUCUUAUUGUGUUUAAAGAGAGGAAAACUCCACCAGGUUAACUUCGGUUUACACCACAGUUGCCGGAUUUGCGAAGCAUUGCACGACUCGCCAUGGAACGUUGCAGGCACCCGCUUGGGGGAAAAGUUUGAAGUAGUACAACGCCACUAUAUCCCAAUAUAUCCAGCUAAUUUUUUGUAAUGUUAUGUAAAAUGUAUCCUCCUUUAACAUAUAUAAAACUCACGGAUGAGUAGUGUUAAGAUUUUGCAAACGAAAUGGCGAAAGACGAUUAGGUCAUAUUUAGCGGCAGGAUGAGGCAGUCAGCACUUUCAAUUUGAACUUAAAUUUUAGCAUUAUACGACCAACAAGUUUCACUUUAAGGCAUACAGACAUAAACAUAUGAAACUGUUUAUUAAUAUUUAUUAAGAAUUUAUCUAUUGAACACUGUAGCCUGAAAUUACGGAAAGAAAAUAGGAUUUCCGGUUUUCAAAAAGGAAAAUUUCACCGGCCUUUAAGCGCACCGGAAGCGCGGAAAGAGCGCUCGUGCCAGUCCUACUCCUCAUCACACAUUACUUGAAGAGCGGGAAAAGGAGAAAAUCCUUAAAUAACAAUGACCGAGACCAAAUUGUAUGAGCCCGCGAGACUGAGCAACCCACCCAAACCCUUGUUUUCACUAAAAACAGCUGGACGCCAAACUGGUUGAUGUCAUUGUUGUCUAAGGUCUUCCGAAGAGCGGAGCGCUCGUUUCAUUGCCCAACCUUUAUCCGCCCUGAUCAUGCAACUUAAACUAACGGCUUGCUCACCUGACCAAAAAUGGCAUGAAAAUUUACCCUACCGCGCGGGCCGGGGUAGGCCAGCAGCUACAGAAUGGGUGAUAGUUUAUUCUCUCACUUGGUACAUAGUAGGCUAUUUAUACCGAUCUUACCUCCACUCCUUUGAGUAAUGGAGGACUGGCGGCCACUUUCAUAUGCAGAGGCAAGCGUUAAUAUAACGAGGGAGGGAAGGGCGGAUUUGAAAAUGACCAGAGGGAACGCUGUUCAGGCAAGAUAAGACAGGCCACAGAAAUCACACGAGCAUAUGCAUACCGAACGACUUCUUGUUCGAAUUGAUAAUUGAUUCAACGUGGUAAAUCCCUUUAGACCGCUGUAAAUACUACCCCAACCUAAACCUAUGCCCCUACGAGGAAAGAAUUAUGAUAGAAGGCGCUUCUGGGGAGACGGCGCGAGACUAGGGAAAGCAAUAAUAAAGUCCUUAAGGGAGUCGUAUCUGGAGUAAAGAUCUGCCACCUCAGUCACAGCUGGAGAAUCCUGGGCGAGAAGAUCAGCAGGAGCACCCGCACUGUUGACGUUAGCCAGCUUGCGAUUGUCCUCAGCUGUAGCGGGAGAGGACCAUCCUACAUGCGUCAAGAGGUCAGCCAAGGCGGAGCCAGAGAAGGCCAGUGUGAGGGCACACCCUGAGCGGAAGCUAUGAAGAGUCUCCGCGGCGUCAGUACGGGCCUCUUUGAGAUAUAACUUUAAUCGAUGUUCAGCAGCAGCACUAGAGAGAGGCCUAUUAACAAAGUGCCGUGUUUCGUCGGUAGGGCGAAAUGAAUAACCUUUAGUGAGACUAACACCCAAUCUUCCUGCAAAGGUGACAUACUCCUCUUUGGCUCUAACAGGACGAGGGGCGGACUUAGGGUGCCACCGCAGACCAAACAGGUUCGAAGCACCAUCUCGGAGGGUUUUCCCCCAGAUGCAAUUAAUGAGAAAACCACUGUAAUCGGGGAAGCGCGCAGUUUCAGCCGUUAUCACCUGCCAAGACCCCCUGCCCGGUCACCAGAGUAGAGUAAGGUCUUGAAAAAGGCCUUAUCGCUAGCGGUAACAAACUGUUCCGAGGCGUUAAGGGUAGGCAAAGCAAGCCUCAUCUUGAGGUGGUUAGAGAGCAGCAAAAGCUUAUCGGAAAAAAAACGGAGCCUUCUUGGGAGUGACUCGCGCCUGAAACUGCUCACCGGUAACUUGCUUAAGAUAGAUCUGAGUCGUCAGUUGCAGGAUUACCCAGGAGGAGGGUGCAAUUCCAAUCUCCUUGACGACCAGCUUCGGCAAAAAUGGAGCGCAGUUUACCAACAUAGGAAUCUACGGUAGAAUACGCUAGUCGACGAGGACAUCCGCAGCAAAGAAAUCCCUUUCUUACCAGUGUGGGGACAACCAUUCUUGUAGGGCUGAGUCUUUAGCGUCCUUAAAAGCGACGGUCAGGAAAUAUCGACCAUCGAGUGACAAGAGUUGAAAAAUCUAUUUCCUUCAUUUUUUGUCCAUAAAUAGCUUUUAGGUAGAUCAGUAAUCUGAUGUAAGUUGUUCUCGCAAAAAGCCUUUUAUUUUCGAGAAAAGUAAGAAUAUCAUUUUUCGUGGUCGGAGUCUCAAAAUGGCCGUAUUUUCAACUCGAAAUUUGCUAAUAUCAACUCUCCUCGCGUUCGCAAAAAACUGAGCCGCAACGAGAAAUUUGGGCACUUUCCAUCAAUAGAACAACUCUUCUUCUUUCAUUGAAAGAUACUUUCAAAGCAAUAUCGAAAGUUGUUGAACUGACAUAAUUAAAAAACGAAGAACAAGUUUUUACGGUGACAAGAACCUUAAUUUAGUAGUUGUUUUCUGCGGCAUUAUUCUUCACGUGGUAUGGCUCCAAAUUUCCCAGUUCUCGUUUAUUCACACAUUUAGACAUUCAUCUAAAACAUACCUGAGAAUUGGCUUGGGUUCCUGAAGGCAGCCUCCAAACGAAAGCAUCGAAGACCGGUAUACAUAGUGAAGAGUGACCAAAACCACUUAUUUCACUGCUACAGGUUUCCUCGAUCGUAAAGUACUAAACAAGACGAAAUAUCUUCCUGUUCCUUCAUCCUUAGCGAAUUACCAUUGUUAAAGUCCGUAUUUUUUGAUAAAAAGUGAGCACCAGAAUACUAGCGCGUUUGAUUUUUUUGUCCUUCGAAAUACUGUCGGCAUCGAAAAUGUUAGUCUUUUUCAAGAAUUGCGUUGUGUUACUAUAGUGAUUCCGUGACUGUCAUUUUGACGGCUCCGUCUCUUCAAACGUACGUCAUGUCACGUGCAGUCACGGAAUAGAUUGUCACGCAGAGUCAUGGCGUAAGAAGAUAAGGCGUUGAAACGAGCGGGAUUGAGCGAUCUAGCUGUGAUGCAAGGGUCUCGGUACUACCAAAGAGACAAAACAAGAUGGCGGACAUUAUCCUAGACCGUCAGAGACAUUCUCCAGCGAAAGUUAGCCAUUUUCCCGUGGCAUUCAUUUGCUGCAAGCAAUAGCGAAGGAACAAAUUAUUUUUUUAUCACGUUUGUUUUCUGUUUUGUUCAAUUUUUCCCCCGUGAACAAGUAUCUGUAUUGAAUAUAGUCCCACCUCCGUGACCUGUAUUAAAAUUUCGUGACUUGGUAAGAAAAUGGCAUCACAACUCAAAUGAUAGCACUGACAUCAUUUUUAGACUAAUAUUAUCGGUUCUCUACUUCAGUUAAAUAUCAAGUUGUGUAAUUCAUCAUCUGCUAUGGCAUUUAUUUUUUGCUGCCCAGUUUCAAGGCCAGAUGGUCUAUUUUCACUAUUAUUAUCUUUUCAGAUGGUGUAAUUCUUGCUGCCUAGGCCCAUCGUUGCAUUGAAGAACAGAUAAUUUUGACUGUAAACUUGCCUCUCGAUGAUUCCUCGUCGGUUUCGUUGCGAAUUCUGUUGACGGCAUUUUGCUGAAACAUCGGCAGUCGGUGUUCCCUCUCUUCGUCGGCUUUGUUUUCAGUGUAAUUGUAGUAUUUUGUUGCUGCCUCUUUACAUCCUCUGUGUUUAGUUGACAGCGUUUGCCUUCGCUGCGCUGUUGUUCGCCCCAGGAGUUUAAGAUGCUUUCCGUGAACGAAAGCAGAACAUUUGAAAGCGCGAGGACUUCCUUUGCAUUGAUAUCAAGGUGGCGCUGACAGGAAGGCCAAUAGUUAUGAAUAGGAAUAGGCUGAGCGGCGAGGUUAAAGAUACCGCCCCCGCAAAGGACGAGGCAUCCACACACAGGAUGAUCUGGUGAUGGAAAUCCGUGCGCCAAGGAAGUACAAACAUUAACCACAAGGGACUGCAAAGGACCGCAAACGAAUAUGCCGAAGAACGUAGGAUCUAUAAAGACCUGAUCAGCAAAAAUAAUAAUGAAGACAUAUUAAAUUCUGCAAGCAGAAUACUGCAAUGCUGAUCGUACUACGUGAAAAUGAACUCUGCAAGACAUCAACACGACACCGAAAGAACUCAAAACAGACCAGGAUUGUAGCCAUAGACAGCUGUUUCGCCCUCUAUGGGGCUCGUCAGUAUGGCGUAAAAAACAGAGAUCAGGCUCUGAUGAAAAAAUAUCCGCGCACUCUGAUUUUAGCCCUGACCCAUUUUUGGGCCGUAGAUCUUUUAUGGAUCCGAUAUGCCGUAAUUUUUGCAUGGUUUUGCCCAUGUCUUUUAGGUUGGUUUUGGCCAACUAUUUAUUUUCUCUGUGAGACAUCAACUUGACACUUGGACUCUUGCCCCCCAGAAGACACGUGGUAUUACGCGAUUCUGUGGGUGUUAGGAGUUCUGGGUCAGGGCUAAAAUCAGAGUGCGCGGAUACUUUUUCAUCAGAACCUGAUCUCUGGUUGUUACGCCAUACUGACGAGCCCAAAGAGGGCGAAACAGCUGUCUAUGGCUACAAUCCCGGUCUGUUUUGAGUUCUUUCGGUGUCGUGUUGAUGUCUUGCAGAGUUAGUUUUCACGCAGUACGAUCAGCAUUGCAGUAUUCUGCUUGCAGAAUUUAAUAUGUCGCCAAGGAAGGAAGCCGCUCCAGGUUUACAAAGAUGUCCAGUGCUGGAUUUCCGACUUCAGAGGACCAGAGAUACGGAUUGGUCUAGACGACCGAAUCCCCGUACUGAUAGCAAGGAUAAUUUCGUUAAGAAACAGUCGAGGGCCCGAGACAGCCAGGGAAAAGGAAAUGCAUUUUCCUGAGAGACGUUGCAACUUUUUGUCAGUAAUGUCAGAGGCAGAACGUUAACUUUUGCCGCUUCUCCUCAAGGAGAAGGAAAGCUUGCUUACAGGAGUCGACCAAAAAACUCAAGUAUUGAACUACCUCACGGGGAACAAGAAUAGUCUUCGCCAGGUUAAUAUAAUAACCCAAACACACAAGAGUGAGACAAACAAUGAAGCUAGCCGAGGAGGCGAACGCAAAAGAUCGCGCACGAUCUGAGGUAAAAAGCGCAAAGGUAGGAGUCGGUAAAGGAAGCUUAAGCUCUCCUGUAUGUCGAUUGUCUAUGUACGUACAAAGAAUAAGGAAUAGAGACACUGCGAAAAUAAUGCACGGCAAGAAGACCAAUAGAAUGAUAAUUGCAGGUUGAGGAUUUCCACCCGAAAGGUAUAGUGUUACUCCCAAAAUACCAGCAGGCUGCUAUGUGGGCGUAUCUGGCUUCAGCUAAACAUAACGCGGGAGAGCCGCAAUGGAAUCUAGGUUGACUGGAGUAUCCUUUACCCAAAGAUUUAGAAAGCGGUUAUCAUUACAUAAUCUUGGCUUAGUAGGUUCAACAGUUAGCGGCAUAACUAAAUGGGGUGGCAACCUCACCGACCCUUCCCCAAACAGAGAUAGCCCCAGGAGCUAACCUAUCGAGUAUAGUACGGGAUAUAAAUCUAACAAAAGGUUUACGGGAAAUUGAAUUAUAGAAAACUCGAUGAGGAGGGAGAUCAGAAUUAUAAGACUGUCCCUUGUAAUCUCCCUUAAAGGGAAGAAAACCUAGUGCUCGUCAACCCUAUGCCCACUCCACUUGAGAGCGUCCUGUGCACGGUCGUAAGGGGCGACAGAAGCAAUGCGUUGCCAUGAAGGAAGGUAACCAUGGCUAUUACCGACCAUAAACGCGCUUGGGUCUCUAAAAGCGAGCAUUGAGAUAUCUGCUGUUUUGGAGCCAUUAAGGACAUCGUUAACGAACUUAGGAGAAACAUGCGAGUUAUCGGGGGCUGCCAUCCCCUGAGUCACGUCUAAAGGCAUACGUACCCUUAUGAUCAACCCAACGCUGACGGGGACCAGAGUAGCCCAACGGGUAGAAGUCGUCUGAUAACUCCCAGUCCGGAAAGGAAUAACGACUAACACGGAGGCGCUUAAAAGGAGGCUAAAAGAACAAAAUAAAGAGGGGAUAUGAGAACGCUAAAGGAUAGACCUGACGGGCCUCAGGGAAUGGCAGUAUGGAGGCCAGGUAAUCCGAGAGGGAAUAAGACUCGCCUUACAAAACUGCCAUUCCUAGAGUGGAGGGAACAAAGAAAUAUGAAACUAAAAGAGUGACAGGCAUAAGAACUUUUUCCAAUAACACAGGCCAUUAACUAUUGUGACCAUAUCGUGCCGGCUGUCUUCUCCUGAAACAAUAGGGAAUUUAAGAUCCAGAGACGCUACGGCAACGAGAACGUCGCUUAAAAAGUGAAUUUGCGUUCUUUCAGUCUUCAUAGAGAUUAUUCCUACCCACUUACUUUGUCAAAUGUAGGCGAAACCCUCCUGAAGCUGAAUUUCAAGUGACCAUAUCCAAGCUCAGAAAGAGAAAUAAAAUUUCGUCGUUGCUUGUUUACGUCCUCCAUAAAACGCGAAUUUAAGCUUUUCACGUUGUAGUCGUGCAAAAACGGGAAAGAAAUGUACAAAAAAGUGUGAUGCACGUUCAAAGUUGUUGUUUUGCCUAUUAAACCUAUUGCUUUUUGAUGUUCUCGUUGCCGUACGCGUCGUUGGAUCUUAAAGUCCCUAAUUAGCUGCCGUGUGCCCAAGGAUGCCACAGGAAAACCAUCUCAAUCGGUUAGGGCGAGAAGUGAGGCGCGCAGGCUGGGUGGAGGCUUGGGAGGGUGCAGGGGCCGCCUUCUUAUGGCCUUUGUUGACCUUAGGCAAGCUGUCCAACAUCUUCGUGUAAUCUGUAUCCUAGAAAGUGCCAGAAAGUAUGCUUGAAGGCGCGGACAGAGGCCUUGAACUCCAACGUCUAGGAACGAAACCUUCUCGUGUGACAAACGGUGGGUCUCUCGGGCAACACUUUCAGCCAUAGACAAGGCAGUGUACUUGUCAAAGUCCGAUGCACUUCGCAACCCAUAGGCUGACAGCCUCGCCAGUUGGAAAUCAGAAUCCUCUUUGGACUGGCCCUCCAGAGAUUCAAUCGGUUUAAUAAGGAGUUGAUCCAUAGGCAAACAGAUAAAAGAAAUUGAAGCUACAUAAGAAUGAGUACAUCGACAUACCUUAAAACUCUCUGCGUAACAGUAAAACGAAGCAAAGAACUUCACUGCUAUAAACAGAGAGAAUGCCUGCCCAUACCAAACUGCAAGCCGAAUGAAAAUUAUAGCAGCAAAACGUAUUUAAUGGACGACAAAUGAUUAAUGUAAUUCUUGUUUAAAUAAAUGAUAAGAACCUAUUUUACUUACAAGAAUGAGAUGGUAUAAGAGAAACGCGCAGGGAAGAAACACGAAAAGGAGACAAAUCAAAAUAUAAACCGAAACAAAUUGGAAUUUGCACUAUAAAACUUAACAAAAUAAUCAUAAACAACAACUGCAAGGUGACUAAGAUACGCAAAUAACGAACAAGUGCGAAAACCUCGCACUGUAAACCGCACGAAAACAGAAUUUUAAAUAAGGUGGGGAGAACGCAGUCAAUGUUCAGAGGAACAAUGCCACAAGAACAAAAUCUAAAUCAAAACAAAAUUGUUUCUCACAGUGUGAGAAAACAAGAAAAACGGGAAAUAUGUAAAUGCUGCUGUGGAGCCAUAAAAUACCGACACUAUCAGAGAGCAGUAAUUUUAGCGACAAACAGCCCUAUAGGUAAUUGUAUUUUAACGCUCUAAAGAGUAAGGAAUACAAGCAAAGAUUACAAGAAGCAGCUUCUGUUCUGGAUCCAGAAAAUACGGACAAAGACAGAAAUUAAUAACUGUGGCGAAAUGAAGCCCCCACCUAAACAGCAAAACGCUAGGAAGAGGCAUUGCUUGCACAACGACUUAUUGUUGGAAGUGAUAAUUAAUAGUCCAGUUUCGAAUAAAAAAUCACCGCUGAAUACAAACAUUAACGACACAUUCGUACAGGGUUAGCCUCGACGUAAAGUAAAAUAUUCAGAAAUUCUGGCAAGUAGGUGUUUGAAAUUUGAAUAUACACAAUAGACAGAGUAAUAAACAGGUCUUUUUCUCGUUGGAAUUUGUGAAUAUAUUACUCCAGAUGAAGGCUAAUGCUGUAAAAAAUGCGUCUUCACUUCUUUAAUUCAGCGGUCAUAGCGAACUCGAAAAUGGGCUAUUCAACGUGACAAAUCGUUAUACAUCGUUUUGGGUAAGACCGCUGUAAAUAGUGAGUGUGAACAUCUUCUACACAUGCACACAUUUCUCCCACUCUACGCGAAUACAAAGAGUGAGAUUCUAAACCCCAAAGUAAUUUUGAAGGAUCACACUUAAAAUACCGUUAUUUAUCCGCUGGAAAUUGUCAAUUUUCAAAAGCUUAAUAAGCAUUUUUACCAAAAGGGGUUAAUUUCAUAUAUCUUAUCAGCAAAUAGAUCUCAUGUUCACAUACGGUAUGCUUGUUUUCUAGACUUGAUGACCAAGAUGACAGGGCAGCUCCAGUUGAUAUCGUCGAAUGCACAACGGAGCCCACUGCAUAUGAUCACCCGACCAAUAGCAAGAUAAAGUUCUGGGAUUUACCUGGGAUAGGGACUCCAGACUACCCUGACCUAGAUACAUACUGCAACAAAGUACAGCUGGAGAAGUACCACACUUACCUAAUUUUCACAACCAGUCGAUUCCGCGUGAACGACUUGAAAUUAGCAGAAAAAGUGAGAUUGAUGAAAAAGAAAUUUUUCUUUAUUCGCACAAAAAUUGAUGAAAAUAUUCGAGCUGAGAAGCGAAAGCGAAAGCAAGAAUUCGACGAGGAAGAAAUGCUGGCAAGAAUCCGAAAAAACUGUUUUAUUUCUCUAGGUAACCUGCUGACUGACGACCAAGAUAUAUUUUUGAUCAGCAACCAUGACCCCGACAAGUGGGAAUUUGCUAGACUGACCCAGGCCAUUCUAGAUGCAUUGACGAGAUACCAGCGAGAGAGCAUGACCUUUUCCCUUGGGAAAGUCAUAACAAGGUCGUCAGAUGAUAUUUUUCAAAGAAAAGUCGAUGCUCUUAGACAACGCAUAUGGAAGGUUGCUACAGCAUCUGGUGCCGUUGCUGCCAUUCCAGUACCGGGACUGUCCAUUGUUCUUGACGGUGCCCUAAUACUGAAUGAACUCAGCAUGUACAGAAGUCAGCUUGGCCUUCCCGAAAUCGGAUCUGCUGAAUUUGUCAAGCUACACGUCGCCACUAAAGAAAAAGUACUCAGUGUCACCCUUACCACUGCUGCACAGUUGAGCACAUAUUGUGCAUCUUAUGCUGCUUCUACAGCCAUCGAGGAAUUCACUCGUUAUAUUCCCUUUGUCGGUCCGGCCAUAGCCAGUAGUAUGUCGUUCAGUACUACGUAUUACGCCCUAAGUAAGCUCUUAACAGAUGUUGAAAAAACAGCGAAGGUAGUUCUACAGGAGGCUGCCAAAAAGACAGCUGCGGAUUUGGAAAAUGAGGUUGAUUGACUUUCGUGCUACGCAUGACUUGGCUGCGGCUAUUUCUAAUUCACCUGAUAUGAUUCAUAGAAUCUAAGUUCUCAAACACUUGAUCUAUAUGAACUUGUAUGCGAAACUCUUAUUCGUCAAAUUCCUCUUUUAAAAUACCACCCAUCAAAACGCACCUGCCUUGCAAAAAUCUGGUUGUUGCAGGUUACAAAAAGUUGUUUAGAGUAGUUCUUCCAAAAACCGUGGCUGUAGGAAAAGGAAACAAAAGGUCGUGGUCGCUAGUAAAGGUUCAAGGGCCUCAAAGGACAUCUUCUCAGUUGAUGUUGCUGUGUAUUAAAUAACAACGCCCAUUCAAGAAGAUAGCCCUGGGAUGACGAAAUGAUAAAGUGCAACACGUCAACAAGCAAAUAAUGGGAUUAUCACAGAAAGGUCAUUAUCAAUGAAAUAACGAGCGAAAAACACAAGGGUUUUUCUAAUGUUUUCUUAAAAACCAACAAACAACCAGAACAGACAAAAACACAUGGCCUUGAUAAAACUGUGUUAAAAACGUCAAUUUUGACAGGUCAUAUAUCAACAUACAUGUAUCCGUAUUAGUAUGUAGUCUACGAAGAAUAUAUACAGCUGUUUCGGAUAUUAACGCGACCUGCGAAAAAAGAAACGUCGUUGGAUUUUGGGUUUUUCUGAGACCUCAAUCAAAAUCUGACGGCUCGGAGCUUUCUAGCGGACCUCUUAGAAAACAGACGUUUACUUCACGAGUUCAAAAGGUCAUGUUUUGUGAUUUGUGAUUGCUGGAUUUCGAUCCGUUUUGGGCGUGUUCGCCUUAGUUUUGAACUUCAGAAAUCGCGUGUUUUUGAAAAGCGCAGAAAUUAUUUCCGCUCUGUGCCUUGUCGAUUGGGAGAAUUUGUGCUUUAAUGUUUUGUUAGGUGAUGUACACUUUUCACGGUUUAGCUCUCAAGUUUUUUUUGCUUUCUUGAUUCCCCAGGGGCACCCAACGGCAAUUUUCGGGAAAAUAUCUGUUCGGAAGACUAUUUGAGAUCUAGAAUUUUGGAGCAUUUGUUGCAAAAUUUCUUGCUUCCCUGCCUCUCCUAGGAUUUUCGAACAUCUACAAAAUGGUAUAAUUACCCAUUUUUAACGGAUUUUGACCCUAAAAAAGGCCCCAAAGAAUUUUCGGGAGCCUUUCCUGGCUGAAAUUUUCGAGAAGGUAAGUUUUUAUCCCUAUAAUUUUCGGAUCACUAGACUUUCAGCUAGGAAAUCCGAACAGAUGAAAAGUUUUUAGGGGAUAAAAAUAUACCUAUAUCUACCGUUUGAAUACUAAAAUACGUUCAAAAAUGCUAUGUUGAGUGGUUUUGAACUGUAUCCGCGUUGGGUGCCCCUGAUUCCCAAGGUAAAAUUGUUCAAAUCCAGAAGAAACACAGAUAUGGGAGGGUGAAAACGAAUCAGUAAGCCAACAGUUAAUUCUGCAGCUUCUGCUCGUUAUUGCCGCCUUUAUUUGACAAGCAAGGAUUAGGCUCUAUGCUAACGGUUUGAUGGACGUCCAAGAAAAGCCCAAAAUCCUGAAACGCGGGUCGCGUGACCGUGUUAUCCGAAACAGCAGUAAAUAAAUAUUACUUGCAAGUCUGGUAAACCUCCAGGGUUGUGCAGCAGCUGAGGCUGAUAAAAAACUAAGAUCCUUUAGGCUCUUGUAAGGCAGACCAUUCCUUGCUGAAAUACCUUAACAUACAGUGUAUUGGAAUAGCCGUCAUUAUACAGUUCAAUUUGAACGCUCAUUCUUAUUUUCUAAAUAAUAGUUUAAUCUAAUAAGAACCUACAUUUUUCCAAGUUACCCUAAAGAGGUUCUUACAUAAAUGGUAAUUAGCACAAAUUUAGGCUAUUUAGGUUCUUAAAUAGGUUCUGGGGUUCUUAUUUUCUGAAGAAAAAAAAAUACGUUGUAGCUACGAAUAUAUACUCUGGUGUGUUCAGCUCAUUCCUUGCCUAAAAUCUGAAUACCAUUACAUUGCAGUUGGAGUAAUAAGGCACCUAUGUCUCCAAAGAGGAUCCUGAAUGUUAAAUUAUCUUAUUUUCUCAAGUAUACAGAAUUCUAUCAUAGAUUUUAGAAAUAAAUAAGACCCUUUUUUUAAAUUUUGCGCUUAACCGGUUCUUGUAUAGAGGGGGCCUUUAAUACGGGCAACUUUCAGCCUAUAAGGUUCUUACAAAUCACGUUCUAAGCCGCGGGUUUUUACUGUAUUUUUGUUCCUUGCCUAAAUGUAGCUAUUCUCCUAGUCACCUUAUUUACAUCAUUUGUUUUAAGUUGCAUUUUUUCCUACAAAUUUCCUUUAGCUAACAAUACUUGCUACGUACGGGAUGGUAACCCCGGAAUUUUGUAGGGAGGUAAUUCACUCCCAACUAGCCUUAUUUGUUUUGGGGUAAUCUUUGAAUUUCCUCAAAUCUACUCUGAAUUAUUGGUAAUGCAACCAAAAUUUGCUCACUACGUUCAGUUGCCAAUUCUCACUUGGUUUGUAUGAUUAGAGUACCAGCCCUCAAAUCAAAAAAUUUUCAAGCCUCCCCAAUGAUGUGUAGUUAUUAAUAGCCAGCUUAUCAUCUAGUCUCAUUUCAAUAGCUUUUCUGUCAGAUUCAUUUACCUGGUUAACAUCCAUAUAUAUAAGUCUGUGGUAGCAUGUAACUUGUCUGUUGAACAUUUUGCUGG